AUGCGGGCAGUGCAGAUGCUGGGCUCAGCUCUGUCUCUGUGCGGUCUCGCUCCUCCCUGCAGCAGCAGCAGCAGCAGCAGCAGCAGCAGCAGCAGCAGCAGCAGCAGCAGCAGCAGUAGAUGCAAAAACAGUCCGCGGCAGAGGCGCUUUGAGCGGGAACAAAUCACCGGCGUGGACAAAGAGGCCGCGGGGAUGGACGCUUCUAAAGCACGGAACUGGAGUCACAGAAAGUGGAACGGAGCAAGUCGCUCCCCGGCACGAGGACACGAGCAGCGCUUUAACCAUUCACCAAAAUGCCUGGAGAUAUUGCUAAAGGAAAGAAGGCCUUCGUUCAAAAGUGUGCCCAGUGCCAUACUGUUGAAGACGGUGGAAAGCAUAAGGUUGGUCCAAACCUGUGGGGUCUGUUUGGCCGUAAAACAGGCCAGGCAGAAGGCUAUUCUUACACAGACGCCAACAAAAGCAAAGGCAUCAUUUGGGAUGAAGACACCUUGA